CGCACCCCCCUUCUUCCAUUGGGUGUCCGUUACAUUAGGCCUCAUAUUUGGACUGUGUAAAAGUAUAUAAGGUUGAGAGCAACGGGCCAGAGUUCACUGCAGUUUGCUCCAGUCUUUGAGAAUCUACAGCUCACCACCAAAAAGACGAAAGAGCUAAAGAUGGCAUUCGCUGGUGUCCUCAACGAUGCUGACAUCACUGCAGCCCUGGAUGCAUGCAAAGCCGACGGUUCCUUCAACCACAAGAGCUUCUUCACUAAGGUCGGUCUGACCGGCAAGUCUGCCGAUGACGUCAAGAAGGCUUUCGCCAUCAUUGAUCAGGACAAGAGUGGCUUCAUUGAGGAGGAUGAACUGAAACUGUUCCUGCAGAACUUCAAAUCCAGCGCGAGGGCACUCACUGAUGCCGAGACCAAGACUUUCCUCAAGGCUGGAGACACCGAUGGUGAUGGCAAGAUUGGAGUUGAUGAGUUCGCUAGCCUGGUUAAGGCAUAAAAUGCUUCUGACCAACAAACAAUACUUCUCGCUCUGAAGGAACAACUUUGCCCGAGACCUCCCAUGUUCAUCUGACUAUAAAUAAUUUUUAUACCAAUGCUUAUGAGAAGUUUCCUCCCAUGCAGCACACUGUCCAAAAUGAUGAUUGUGAAUGUAGCGCGGCUGUGUAUCCUGUCUUAAAUAUGAAUUUUGCUUACUGUAAAAUCUGAUGCACUUUUACGGGAACGGACUAUAAGAAAAGAAUAAAUAUUCUUUUGCAAUAUCGA